CCUAACCUCAUGCAAAGUACCUGACUUACAACGCAUAUAGCAUAAAAUAGGUGGUACAAUACCAACUCACCGCUUAGCUCACUAACACGAGAUUCACAGUCUUAAAGCUCAUCUUACACUUAUACUUGAACAACUUAUAAGUCUUAUUUUUCUCAAUCUUCUCUACCUAGGGUACUCAUCUAAGGUUAGAUAUCUUAUAUAUCCUAUAAACCAACAGCUAAUAAUAAAUAAAUCUACCGAAUACCGUAACGCAAUUCUAAUACACCAAACAUGUCGCCAUCACAACCCACUACCGAGACGACAAACAACCAGACCACGCAAUCUAGCGGGCCGGCGGCUCAUCAGCCCGUCCAUACAACCCAACCCGUCGCUCUCCAAGCAAUGGAUCCCCAACGUCCUCAGCCUGAGCAACCUGAAUACGGAACCAUGCGCGGCGGAGAGCGCAGUUCGUGCUGUCCUGGCCGCUUCUGCUUCUGUAUUCCUUGUCCGCUGCCGUGCGAUUUCUGCAUUAUUUAAGCGGCUUUCGUUAGUUAUGGUAUCGCUUUGAUCCUUGUCGAACAGUUAAUUGCGGGCGUUGGAUCGGGUACGGAAGGAAAUCAUCAUGUUUAUUGGUUUGGGUUACGGGUCCUCUCACAGUGAACGUUCUACGUAUCAUCAUCACUAGCAACAGUUACGAAUUACGUCUAUCAAAUAUGAUAGAAUAUUGAUACUUGUUAUAUAUAACUACCUAACCUUCUCAA